UCUUCGCACACGUGUGCGUGUCUCCGUGCGGCUCGACCCACUCCCUGUCCGCAAUGACCCUCCCGGCCGCUGUGUCUCGCUCGCUGUCGGCGUCCUCCUCGCGUGGCAGCCUCCUGCUCUCCAAAUCGCCACGCCCCCUAAGCCCGGCUCUUCUGCAGGCCGUCGGCGCCGCGCCCACCUCCCCCUCGACCUCGCCUCCCGCGCGGUCUUUCUCCACCUCGAGCCUUCGUCCAGGCGCCUCUCUGCCGCCCUCGCCGCCGAUCUCUCCGCCGGCCUCCCCCACCCCGCGGGCCGCACGCCACCUCGUGUCGCCCAUCCCCACGCCGCCGGGCCCGACCGUCGCCGCACAUCUUCACUCCUCGGCCGCCGCCGCCGCCGCCGCCGCCGCGACUCCCACCACCAGCCGCCGGCAAUACUCGGCCACCGCCUCCCCGGCCUCCUCUCCCGCCGCCCGGUCGCCAGGGCAGCCCUCCGCCGCCGACAUUGAGGCCGAAAUCCGCAACGUCUCGGAUUUCCAACGGACUUUGCCAUUCUUCAGCUCGCCAUUCCUGCGGCGCGUCCGCGGUAAGAUGUCCUCCAACCCCAAAAUGAACCCGGAGGUCUUUGAGGCCACCCUGGAAAAGCUGUCCAAGAUGCUCAUCACCCAAACCCCGGCCCAGUGCCGUGAGUAUCUGGAGCAGGCCAAUGGUGACCUGGCCAUCGCGGUGCAGCUGUACAAGAGCCAAUCGCCGCACUUUGCCUCCAAACGCCAGGCAUCCACCCGCCGGCGCCGGGGCGGUGCUGUUGCCUCGGCCGAGCCCGCCGAAAACACCUGCCGCGAGCUGGCCCAGGUCCGCCGGCCGGCGGCCUCCUCCAACUCGGACCUCGGGUCCAUCUGCUACUACGACCUGCUGGGCAUCGAGCGGACCGCCUCCGACAAGGAAAUCCGCAACGCCUUCCGCAAGCUGUCGCUCCUGCAUCACCCGGACAAGCGCCAGGCCAACCCGGACGGCAGCGAUGUCAUGUACCAGCUCAUCCACGACGCGUAUCAAGUCCUGUCUGACGCCCGGACCCGGGCCCUGUACGACAAGUAUGGCCGGCGCUUCUCCUCGAGCCUGAUCGACAUCUUUGAGAGCCACAAGGAGGGCCUCUCCAAUCUGUUUGGCGGCGAGCGUUUCAAGCCCUACUUUGGUGACCUCAGCUGGGUCCAUGCGUUCGCCGCUGAGAUGUCCGGUCUGGAGCUGAAUCUCGACGAUGACAAUGACCCGACCAACCCGUCCUCGAGCGCGCGCAUCCGCGAGCGCACCGAGAGUGUGCGGGACCACCUGCUGGAGUUCAUCGAUCCCUACGUCCAGACACGCGAUGCGGAGUCCUUCCGCAAGCAUGUCACCCAGGAGAUGGAGGCCCUGCGCAUGAGUCCCAACGGGCCACUCCUCCUGCGCAGCCUGGGCAAGGUGUACCUCGAGGCCGGUAACCAGAUGGCCGUCCUUCGGCGUCGGUUCGGCAUCCUCCGGUUCCUGGGCCAGGGCUUGAAGCGCAUGUCCAUUGGCGUCGGUGAAACCAUCCGCUUUGCCACCCUCCAGUCCUCCGUCUACAAGACUAUGACCGAGCUGGAGCAGGCCACCAAGGCCGACCUUCCGGACAAGGAACUCAUUGAUCUGCUGUCGAAGCGUUCGGCCGAGCGUGGCUAUGCCCUGCUCACUGCGCUUACGGCUCGUGAAAUCCGGGUGAUCGUGGCCGAGUCGCUCGAGGACAUUUUCGCCGUCCCCGAUGUGGACCUCAAGGAUCCGGACGCCUGGAAGGACAAGGACCCGAUGGAGGAAAUCCACCAUCGCGUGGACGCCAUCCUCAUCAUGGGCGAGAUCUUCUCCUCGGCCAAGCCGGUCCCCGGCCAAUCGGAGUAUGACAACCCCUUCGCCUUCACCGAGGACGACGACGAGUAAGGCCGCGUGAAGCCGCGCGCGCGCAUUCCCCACCACGGGGGGCAUGGCUGGCCACAUCCUGUCCCCGCCCCCCCCCCCCUCCC